AAGCACCAAAAUUGUAUAGUGAAUUGUGAACGAAACUAAACAUUUUUAUGGUUUUACUAAUGCUGUUGAAAUAAGGAAUAUUGAUACUACAAAUCGACCAGCAAACAACAACAAAGAGAAUUAUUAAGAACGAUUUAUCUUGAGGCUUGACAUCUUCAAGUACUUGUUGAUAUAAAAUUAUCAAAAAAAUUGCAAUCAACAUUGAUGUUAAGCUCAAAAUGGAAGCACAAACCCAAAAUGAAAGUACGAAGGAAACUUUCAAAUAUAUCAACGUUUCACAGAGAACUAGGAUGAGCAGGAAUAACUCUAAAGAACGAAUUUGUACCGUUAUACAUCCUAACCCAAACUAUUCAGAUCAUAUGAGAGGAAAGAGUAAUAGUAGAUUACCCAGAAUUGUUCGAACGACAUCGAAAUUGAAACCUACUGAUACCUCUCCCAAAAUGAUUGAAGAUUCAGGUGACUCACCGCCUGGUCCAAGUAAAUUGACAGGCUUUACCGUGAAAAUGAAAAAAGAGGAUAUUCCCGAAAACCUAAAAACAAGUCACAUACCUCGGCGUAAAUCCAUCAAAGAUGGAAUGAAAGGAAGUAACGACUGUAUUAUGAAAAACCCAACUGCGACUAAUAACCAGUUUAUACCAGAAACUAAAAAUGUACAGAGAGUUAAUAUGUUAAUUAACCCAGAAUUUUGCUCCGAAGAGCGCGUGCCAGCUUCGAAGCAAUCGACGAGACCUAUACCAACGCUAGGUCAGAUUUAUGGACGAGUCAAUAUGAUUGAUAGUGAUCGACUCAACGACUGGUUUAUGGAACUGAACACCCCAAUGAAUUCUAUAGCAUCAAAUCCCAGACCCGCGAGUUAUGGGGUUGGGCACGAAUACAACGAUUGUAUCUCCAGCACUGAGGCUUCUCCUGCACACUGCCAUCAAAGCGAUCUGCAAAGAUCCACUAUAGUUCUGGACAGGAAAAAUAAUUUGAUGAACGGAUUCAAACCUGCUAAUGAUACUGUCAGCACGUGGAUGCCUUCUGAAAUGGAAUUCCCUACAAGAGACAAUGAAUCAGGAUAUAAAACUAUGAGCAGCAAAAACCAGCCCAAGUCAAUACAACCACAGUACGUGAGUAAGCAAGUGGACAGCCAGCCUGUGAAGCCAAACAACACAUAUUGCAUAGGCCUGGAUUCGUACGAUUCAAGCAAAACCUCUUCGAUGUUAGGACAGAGCAAUGAAUGCAGCACGGCGACAAGUUCAUUAUUGAAAGAACAACAGACGGUGGUGCUGUGCCAAACUCCGGAGGUUAAGCAGAAAGUAGAGGAAGGCACAAACGUUUCCAAGAAUAGCGUAGAUCUGAAACCUACGCGGAUAUCCAAAAAUGAAGAGGAUAAAAGCUACCAUUAUCCUUCGCACGUGGUCCAAAAUACAGAUAUUCGCCAACACCGUGCUCCAGUGCCAUCUUAUACCGAAUGUCUAUCAGAGAUUUUGCAGAAGACAACCAAUUUUGAAAUCAUGGAAGGAAUUGAAUCUCCAAAAACCCCAAGCAGUGCAGGUGCUACUGACAUCGAAUAUCGUGACAAUCUAUCUACGGACGGCAAUAUGGAUGCUUUGGACGACUUCACUGCUGCAGAAGAACAGUCGGCUCAAGAGUGGCGUCGACCACCAUUCCAUUCUAAUGCCAACAUGACGUUUGUGAAGUCAGAUGACACGGCCACUAAUUGGUCCUGUAGAUAUAGGAGCGAAACUAGCGAUGGCUGUUUAGAUGAUCAUCAUCACCAUGACAGCUAUCAAUUAAGACAUGAGUACUACAAGAAGUUUUACGAUGACAGCCACAACGACAGUCGAGGGCGUUGCAAGAAAUGUCAGGGAUUUAAAAGGUUUCCGAGUAGUCGAUACAAUUUGCCAAGAACAUUUGGAUCUUGGCGUCAGAGGCUGUCCAUCCGUCGUAUUUGCCGACGCCGAUGGAACCACGUGUGGAAGAAGACAGCAGAACGCUGGGCCUCCUGGUCUAGGUACACUAGACCGCCUGCUAAGUUCAGGAGAUUCCGCGUGAUGCAUUAUUUACAACGAUCACUUGUUUGGGAAGACGCUGAUGUACAAACUAAUAUUCAUGUUUACCAUGAAAGAGGCAUUGGAAGCUCGGUGAAAGAGCAAAAAUCUGCAGCCAUCGGGACUGUGUUUAACAUGGAAACUUGGAACGCUAUUGCUAAUAGAACUGACUCAGCUGUAGGAACAAUGAGUAACAACACCAGAAUCAGACAUGUGAAUCUAGGACCAUCUAUGUUCCCCUUUUUAUACAACAAUUCAAAAAGAAAACCUGCACCCCUACAAACGGUGGACAAAACACAGUCGCCUUACUUCCAAGACAUGGAUUCUAGCGUAAGCGGUAAUACUCUUAACGACAACUUCGCGUGGAAUGACGGUGAUGUGUGCAACUGUAACUCGAUUCGAAGUUGCCAGUUUCAAGUUACAGAUCCGAUGCCUGAGACCGUAGAACAAGCGACAAGUUUGUCAGAAAGUGAUGACAGUAACUUAGCUGAUGAACUGACAGACACUAUGGGUCUCUCGUACUCUAUGUCUGAUAAGGUGACGAGUACGGUGGUGAAAUUCAACCCUAGAUGGCUUGGAAAAAGGCCUGGUGAGGCUAUAACGUGCCAUAAUGCAGAAACAGAGGUGACUUUCCUACCAAUGUUCGGCAACAGUUCUACGGGUACCAUCACGUCAGGCGGCGACAUUACAUUCUACAGACCUUUGGCUGGCACAGAUAUAUCACAUCUCAUAACAGAAACCCGAACACAACAAGCAUUGUAUCCUAUUUUAAGAAAAUUCAAUUCCAAUGGCCCCACUCUGAUGACCCGAGAACGUUCAACUGAAACAGCGGCACAAACGCAGAUAUCGGGAUUCGUACCGGAGAAGGUUUCUACAGGCACGGUGACCUUCAACCCAGUACUCACUGAAAAUGCUACCAGUUAUACUCCUACCGUAUUGACGCCUCCGCGAAAGACGUCAACAGAAAAAGCGUAUGCCGAAUGUAAAGUACAAACGGACAUCCCUAAGAUAUCGGAACCAAAAUCAGUGUCAACUUCGAUAGGGAAGGUAUUACCAGAAAAAGCUGAAUUUACUAUGCAAACUGAACUUUCUAAACCGGUACCAAAAUCAGAUUUAGAAACACAGAUGUCUCCCGUGCACUCACAUAGUGUAUCAACGUACACACACUCUUAUCCUCUGUUUGGCAACAGACAAUCUGCUUUCAUUUCAGCGUGUGUUUUGGUGAACAAUGAAGAGGAUAAAGAAUCUUUUGCUGUCGAGACCCAAUCAAAAAUGCCGCCGGCCCUUGCUUAUGCAGGCACAAAUAUCGUGUCAAUAUCAUCAAGACAUUUGGCUGGUGCAAAAGGAGAUAUCUCAAAGACAGAAAUGAAAUCAGAUAAGCCACGACCCGGGAGCAGUAAAUUGAAACCGAGACUCAUACGCAAGCCACCGCCUAUCACUACAUGUGGUACCGACGCUAUGGGCUUCAGCCCCUCGGAAACUGUCACUCAAUCAAGUUCGACAAGAGGUUUAGAUUCUUACUAUGAAACAGAAAUACUACUGAACAAUUUAAUAAAGAAGGCUCUUAUAGGCGAUGGCUCUCACCAUUCACGAUACUCAUCCGAGCGAUCAGGGAGCCAGCAACUAAUGUGCGUGACAACAUACACAAACACACACGUUGGACUGGAGACCAGGGGUAUAGGCCCCACCGCGUCUGACAUUAGCAAACUGACUGGCAUAGACAAGACUGAUACCAGUGUGCAGUACAUGGAAGACGGUGAAGGGAAGGAACAAAAUGCGGUUGUGAAAGAAGCAGUCGAAUGCGGUACAGGUGGAGACUGGACGGAUUCUCUGCAAGCACAAAAACCACUACACCAGUGCGCUUCAGUGAUGACGGCAUACUUUGGACAUGCUGAGGCUGUCCAGGUGUCAUCGGCUCAAGCCACGACGACAGAUGAGGGGAAUGACCCCGAAUAUAUUGACAAACAACUUUGUAACUGCGCUUGCGAGAGCGCUGUCGUAAGCCACGAUACGGAAACCAACACAGAAACCCAGCCUGUUGCUCCGAUUGCAGAAAAUAUAGCCCAUUCUUCGAUUCUGAAGACAUUACAUCCGACAGAAGAAGCGAAAAGUUGCAGCAAAAUCAACAAUAAGAAAUCGAAAUCCAAAGUUGAAUUUCAAGACGAUUCUUCGCACCAUAUCAUCUCGUUACCUCGUAUCUUCGGUAAGAAGAAAUCUCUUACCCCCGUCAAACUUCCACCGUCUCCUACUUUCUCUACCCCACUGUGCAAAGAUAGUAUUACCGCUGAACAGUGGAUCAACGAAUGCCCUUCGAAGGAAAAAAAUUACGAAUCUCUACUUAUGUCUAAAGACGAAGAAGAAAAGGAGCAAAUUCAAAUCAUUUCACCAGAACCUGAGCCUGAAGAAAGUCCAAUAAUAAUUCCUAUGGGCCUCCCACCACUAAGUAUAUCGAAAGAUAGUCUUGCAGACGUAUUUCCUAUAACAAAAUCUAAAGACGUUUUCAAAAAACUGCCCGAAAUAGUCACUGUUAAUCGGGUGAUGGUUGAUGAAAUAACAUCAGGUUUAUUUGAUACAAAGGAUAAGAAAGAGGUCAAAGAAUCGAUUCAACAGGCUUGCCCAGAGAUUUGCGAAACAGGAACGGAAUCCUCACUGUGCCAGAGAUCUGCAAGUGUAUUGACUACUCAAUGUGUGUUGCCAGCUCCUUUGCCUUGUGACGGCAAACUGAUCGCCUUGCAAGCCCCUGCUGAAUGUGUGUUUGUAUAUGGAGAGCCCCGAUGUGCUAUUCACAAGACCAACACAGAUGCUGCCGUUCAAAUGCAUCCCCGAAUGAAAACUGCUUCGAAGCCAAAGAGGGGAGUUUGCCAUUCUGUGGGUAUGCUAACCUCUUUGGGCGCGUUAAGAGAAGAACCUUCUAAGCGGAAACCUAACUCAUUGAUUAGAGAAGUUCUUUCGCCGAAAGUGUACAAGGCGCUGUACGAGACCACAAAACGGGUGGUAAAUGAAGAAACGAAGCAACAACCCAUUACUGUCAAGGAUGCAAUAGUAGGCCCCGUGCUUGUUGAUGCAGAGGUGGAAGCGACAAAGUUCUACAUGGGCGACGUGAGGUCAGCUGGCGUGGUGACCUCGCUGGGCCGAGGCUUCGACUAUCCUAUGAACUGCUACUGUAAAGACCUCACGCACUCACAUAACAAAUGCGCCGCCGUGUACCACGUGGCGAAAGUUGAAGAGACCACGGAGACAGCUCCGAAUACACACGCGAAGCUCCUUAAUAUGCCAGAGGAAAACAAAGACGGAUGUUUCGAAGACUGCGUGAAAACUCAUUUGGUAACCUCAUGCCGUUACUAUAGCAACCUACUAACAAAACAUUUGGGACGUGUUAAAGAGAACCUGACCAAACACCUAGCGACCCCUAUGGAGCCAACGGUUGAACCUUCAGAGCUGCCACCGUACCCCAACUCGGAAGCAUGCACCAUGAAACCCAGCGGUCGGUCAGCGUUCGCCAGCCAGACACUCAAAUAUAGCCCCUAUCACAAGUCCGCAAAGCACUUAUCUUGUUGCGUACUCUCACCUGCAACGAGCCUAACAGAUAUUUGCAAACACGACAAGGAUCACUUGAAAUCUGUAUAUUACAUGCUGUCCGCGAUUGAAGGAAGGCUGAGAAGGCUCAAGUUGAAUUCCCCCAAUUCGUACGUCCGUAAAAGUACGUAAAGGUGUCAAUAGAUGUCGCUGUUUCAAGUUUUUAUUGUUGUUAGUUCGACAACGCGCUGAUAGAUGUCGCUUUUGUUUGAAAACUUUUUCAGCCUCCUUUCAAUUUUUAGAGCUUUGUUAAUAAUUUUAUAUGCAAUCAAUUAUAUCCAAUAAGAAAGAUGU